GUUUCAUUCGACAUACAGAAGAAAAAUGUGGAAGGUCUUGGUUCUCCUAGCUGUGUUUCUUGUAAUACAAGAUACUGAUGGUUUUUGGUGGAGAAGAAAAAAGUAUGUACACACGAAAACGGUAUGUGAACAUCACCGAAUGAGAUUGAACUGUGGAAGACAUCGGUACAUUCUGGUGCACUCUGCUACGUAUGGUCGACAAAACUCAAGAACCUGUUCAAGAAAGGGUGCCAGCCACUGUACCACAAAAUGUAGAUCCAGAAAAUCCUCUUUCGUGGUGAAAAGAUUCUGCAACGGAAAAAGUAGCUGCAGAAUUUGGGCCAAAAAUCGUGUAUUUGGAGACCCAUGUGUGGGAACCUACAAAUACCUUAGAGUGAAGUAUUAUUGCAAAAAGGGACAUUUUCGCGGAAGAGAGGUGAAUGAAGAAGACAAAAGAGGAACUGAAGACAUAAUGUAUACAGAGGAGGAUAUGGAAUAACUAAGUAACUCAAGUCUGAAAUGGUGUUCUUAGUGUCCCUAUAUUAAAGCAUAUAAUGAGAACA